AUGCCUUGGCCCGAAGGCCACAUAUAUCUGCGCAACGUGACUGAGAAGGAACACAAAGAACUGAAGAGCCUCCUGUAUCCCAACAGGAUGGGAGCCCAGCCACAGACGAUUGUCUUGGAGGGAGUAGCGGGGGUUGGGAAGACCACCCUGGCCAUGAAGGCCAUGCUGCAUUGGGCAGAGGGCUUUCUCUUUCAACAGAAGUUCUCCUAUGUGUUCUUCAUCAGCUGCCAUAAAGUUAAAGAGGUGAAGGAUACCACAUUCGCUGGCUUGCUUUCCUGGGACUGGCCUGACUCCCAGCCCCCCUUUGACGAGCUCAUGAGUCACCCUGAGAGGCUCCUGUUUGUCAUUGAUGGCUUUGAAGAAAUGGACAUGCCCUCCAACUUGGAUGCCAGCCCACCAUGUACAGACUGGUUUCAGCGACUCCCAGUCCACAGAAUCCUGUUCUACUUGUUGAGAAAAGAUCUGGUUCCUGGGGCCACUUUGCUGAUCACAACCAAGGAGUACAGAACCAAGGAUCUUAAAAGGCUGUUACUGGAUCCAUGUUUUGUACAAAUCUCAGGGUUCACAGAGGGAGACCGGGAGGAGUAUUUCAUCAGGUACUUUGGUGACCAAAACAAAGCAAAGAAAAUCUUGCGCUGGGUAAGAAAAAAUGAAAACCUGUUUUAUUUCUGCUCUGCGCCCAUGGUGUGCUGGGCCGUGUGCUCCUGCCUAAAGCGGCAGAUGGCAAGAAGUCCUUGCUUCCAGCUGAGCACCCAGACGACCACCAGUCUGUAUGUCUACUUCUUCUCCAGCCUGUUUGCCAAAGCAGAGGUGAGUUUGUCGGCCCAGAGCUGGCCAGAGCAGUGGAUAGCGCUCUGCUCUGUGGCUGCAGAGGGGAUGUGGUUCUGGAAUUUCACAUUUGCAAAGGAGGACCUCAAGCACAGGCGCCUGGAAGCAUCUCUCAUUGACACUCUGCUCAGCUUGAAUAUCCUUCGAAAGGUCAGUGACUGUGAUGGGUGUGUGACUUUCACUCAUCAGAGUUUCCAGGUGUUCUUGGGGGCCAUGUUCUAUGCACUGGGAGGGACAAAAGGCUCCAUGGGCAGUCCUGCAAAGCACGAAGAGAUGAAGGUGCUACUGACAGAUGCUUUGGCCGAUAUAAACUUCUACUGGAAUCAGAUGACUCUUUUUUUCUUUGGUCUUUUAAAAAGAAACUUAGCAGGAGAACUGGAAGCCACUUUGCGCUGUAAAGUGAGUCGCAGGAUAACAGAUGAAUUACUAGAAUGGGCAGAGGAAUUAGGAAGUUAUGACAUUGUCUUCAACCGUUUUGAAUUCCUACACUUUUUUGAGUGCUUGUAUGAAACUCAGGAGGAAAACUUUGUAAGGCAGAUUCUGAGUCCUCUCCUUGAAGCUGACCUAGAUAUUUUUGGGAAUCUACAACUCCAACUCCGCAAGAACUCGAGUGUGCGCUUCCUUAGCCUGGGGGACAAUGAUCUCUCAGGCACUGAGGAAAAAAGUCUGCAGGGGCCCUCCACAGUGUCCACAUCAUCCCUGAAGGAGCUGUCCCUGGAGAAAUGCCAGCUGUCAGCGGCCGUCUACCGGGGCCUGGCAUCAUGUCUCACCAGCACCCAGAGGACCACUCGACUGUGCCUGGGGUUUAACCCACUCCAGGAUGACGGCGUGAGGCUCCUCUGCUCUUCCCUGACUCACCCCGAGUGCGCCUUAGAGAGACUGGUGCUCUGGUUCUGCCAGCUCAGGGCCCCCAGCUGCAAGUACUUGUCAGACGCUCUCCUUGAGAACAAGAGUUUGACACAUCUGAACCUGAGGAGGAACAGCCUGGGAGAUGAGGGGGUGAAGCUUCUAUGUGAGGCCUUGAGCCGCCCGGACUGCCGCCUACAGAACCUGGAUUUGUCAGGCUGUUCAUUAACAGCAGGGAGCUGUCAGGAGCUUGCUAACGCCCUCCGACAUAAUCAUAACAUGAAAAUUUUGGAUCUCGGGAGCAAUGAUGUUCGGGAUGAUGGCGUGAUGCACCUGUGUGAGGCUCUGAAAGAUCCGAGCUGUGCACUGAACACGCUUGGGUUGGAGAAAUGCAAUCUGAUGCCUGCUUGCUGCCAGCAUCUCUCCUCUGUUCUUGGAAGCAGUAAAAGCCUGGUUCACCUGAACCUUCUGCAGAAUGACUUGGAGCCCAGUGGAGUCGGCAUACUGUGGAAGGCCUUGAAAAAAUCAACGUGCAAACUACAGAAACUUGGUAUUUCACUCAACGGCAUCCUCCUCAAUGCUGACAAGCGUGCCAUGGUUGAUAGCAGAAUGGUCGUGAGGCUUGCCCUCAUGGCUCUUCAUUCUGCUCAGGGAGAUGCCAAAUCUGAGAUGGCUAAAAGCAGUGUUGUCAUGAAUGCUGUGCCGUUGCUUAAGCAUCUGGUGCUGAAGACCAAGGACACGCGUCCGUAUCUGGAUACGGGUGUUGUGUACAUUAACGAAGGGCAGCACGUCACCCAUGGAAUGCUCUGGAAGGCGAGACUCAUUUCUGGACUCAGUGUCGAUGCCUCCGCCAUCAGUCACAUGGCCUCUGUGGAUUUCACCUUCAAUAAAGAAAGGAACAAUCUGACUAAAGAAGGGGCAAAGCGCCUGCAUGGACAUUUUCCCGAGAUGACGUACAGGUCAGAGAGGAUGCAUGCCAACAUGUGCGUCAACAUGGAUGGCACUGGAGGGGAUGAUGCUGAGUGA